CUCCAAACAGUCACAUUCGUUUUGUACACCUCUCCCUUUGUGGUCUGCUCUGUUAUAACACGUCCAAGUAGAAAAAAUGUCUCGUAUGAUAAAGUUGGCCUUAAUGGUGAUGAUUGUUGCUGUAUUUGCAUGCAGCAUAACAUCGGGUAGACGACGUAUGUCAUCGUAUCAGAGACGAUGUCAAAGAGGGUGCUACUGUAAUAUGGAUGAGUUGGCAUGCGUCAAAAGAAUGAAGAAAAGUGCCCCAAACAUCCAGCCUACGUUCAUCAAAUUGAGGGUCCUGCGGUGUACACCUGAAGCUGCCAAAACUAUUUUAGAACAUGCGCCAUUUAUCCAGGAAUUAGAAAUUGUUAGCACAAGUAAAUACAGAUUCAGUUAUCUUCCAAUAGAUUUUUUUGAAUCGAUGCUCAGUUUGCAAACAUUGGAAAUCCCAACUAUGACAAACAAACAACUACCAAAUAACUUUAUGCCAGCUAUCGAGAGAAUACCAAACCUGGUGGACUUGGACAUUGGGGGAAAUGAAAUUGCAUGCAACUGCGACUAUCUGCAUUACGCCCAAGAACGUGGAAUCUACUUCCAUAUGACCAGUACGUUCACCGGAUGUUUGGAAUACGGAUUUGCUUUGGAUGAAUAUGACCUCGACACGUUUAGCGAUAUCUGUGGUUACACUAUUGUUAAAGAUGCAGAGGCUGUGCCGGAAGACAGUUUUUAAUUUCUUUACAUGGUUCGCUUUAUUUCAUUGACAUAUAUAGGAGUGAAUGUCUCAUAUUGAGAGAAAAUAAAAAAUGUUAUUAAAUUGUUGACA